AUGAAGAUCGCAGCUAUUGUGCCUUUUGUGUCCCUGGCAAAUGGAUACAUCUUCCAGCCAGAAGAUCAAGCCGACUUCAGAAACCCCAACAUCCCGGCUCUCUUGAACUACACCGAGAGCCAGUAUGAUAUCACCACCGGGUCCUCCUAUUGGGCCAGCUCCUUUAUCACUGGGGAUGAUGGUCGACAGUACAUGACUCUGUCCCAUCUUCUUACCACCAUACCUUCUGUCUGCCGCUCGUCGAUACUAGAUCUUCAGACCAAUGAUUACUGGGUUGACCUUACCUACUGCAACAACACCGAUGGCAGCGGUUUCGACAACGGUCUCCCCCUGAAUGCUGAUUAUGGCACCUAUGGCUUUGGUUCUACUUCAAACGACAGCGUUUCAACGAUGUACACCUACGCCCACCCUGAGAAGUCUUUCUCGAUUGAUCUGGAAUGGAACUUGACCUCUCGUGUUAUGCUCAAUGGAGGGGGUGGCAUCAUCCCCUUUGGCAACGUGCCGAUCAACGCCACAGAAUGGGGCAUCCCCAACGGAAGAACCGCGGGCACGAUCACGCUAAACAACAAGACCAUCUCCGUCGACACCAGCAACUCGUUCACCUGGUACGAUAGACAGCUCUCCCACGGAGCCCCGAAGAAUUGGACCUGGUUUGAACUUCACUUCCCAGGAUCGGACAUCAAAGCAAGCAUCUGGGCAUGGGACCUUGUUGAUGACGAGAGCACUCGCUUCGCAACCAUCAGGGUGGGCAAUGGGUACCACGUCCUUGCUUACGAGCUUUCACCCGACUACUCCAACACCUGGGUAUCCCCAAACUCCAAGCUCACAUACCCGCUUAGCUGGAAGCUCACCUUUGAGAACGGCGACCACUUAGUUGUUAACUCUGUGCGUCCGGACCAGGAAAUGUAUGGCGAGAAGGCAUUGAUCGACUCGGCUUACGAAGGGUUUGUUGAGGCUACCGGUUCUUUCUACGGAUACACCGAAGCGUUUGGUGUCGUUGAGCUAGUCACGGCCUUCUAG